GGUCGGCACCUGGCGGCUCGCCGACCGAGCACGAGGUGUCCGCGUCGGCCUCACCGUCCAGGGUAACGUCGUCGACGUCGGAGCCGUCGCAAGACGCGCCUGGCACACCAGCAGUGGCACCACCGUCGGCAGCAGUAGCGGGAGGCAGCGGCGCACGGCCUGCAGUACCUCCAGGGCUCACAUCAUCCGCCUGCACAAUACCCACAAUACCAGCGGCGGCACGGCAGGAGGAGAACAAAACAGCGCCACAAGAGCACAAAACGCCUUCGUCGCUCCGUCGCUGGCAGACGCUGCCCGACACCAGGACAGGCUCAGCAGCUGACCUCCGCGGCGUGCGUCCUGUGCCGACCUCCUCGGUGCCGCUCAUCACCUCUCCGCCGUCGUCCCAGCGCCCCGGGGGCCGAAGCGGCCAGAAGGGGUCGGCAUCGCACCGCAGCGUGUCCACGUACUCGCUAGGCUCCACGUGGCCCUCGCUCUCCGCGUGCACGGCGGCGCAGGCAGCGGUGUCCGCCAUGAGGGCGGCCUCGACGUCAGCGACGUGCGAGACCGCCGAGCCAGUCGGGAACUCCCUCGACUCAGGCAGAAGCGACCGCGGGCGCGGGAGCCGCGGGCCGCGCUGGGCGAUCCGCCAGGCGCGCCGCGGAGCUCCAGGCCGCGGGAGGUCCUGCGCGUGGCAGCCGACGUUCCGCUCUAGAAUCCUGCCCUCCUGUAGCUGCUCGCCCUUCUCCUGCGCGAUAAGCACGGGCGCAACGAGCGCCAGGCGGCGCAGGAUGCUCGGAGGCGCCUCGGCCAGGCCCUGCAGCUCCAGGAGUUGCGCUGCCUGCCUCUGCGCCAAUCUCUCACGUGAGAGGGCGGCCCAACGCUGAGCCUGGCGGCGCUCGCGCGGCGCACGCCGAAGCCCUCCAGACAGCCGAUCAUCUGGCCGUCUCCCCGUCCCAUUUUGGCUCUUGCCAGGUCGGGCGCGCGCGCGCGCGGGCUCGAGUUCGAUGGCGACGGGGAGACGGCCAGAUGAUCGGCUGUCUGGAGGGCAACGGCGGGCGCCGCGCGAGCGCCGCCAGGCUCAGCGCUGGGCCGCCCUCUCACGUGAGAGAUUGGCGCAGAGGCAGGCAGCGCAGCUCCUGGAGCUGCAGGGCCUGGCCGAGGCGCCUCCGAGCGUCCUGCGCCGCCUGGCGCUCGUUGCGCCCGUGCUCAUCGCGCAGGAGAAGGGCGAGCAGCUACAGGAGGGCAGGAUACUAGAGCGGAACGUCGGCUGCCACGCGCAGGACCUCCCGCGGCCUGGAGCUCCGCGGCGCGCCUGGCGGAUCGCCCAGCGCGGCCCGCGGCUCCCGCGCCCGCGGUCGCUCCUGUCUGGGUCGAGGGAUUUCCCGACUGGCUCGGCGGUCUCGCACGUCGCUGACGUCGAGGCCGCCCUUCUGGCGGCUUCCGCUGCCCGCGCCGACGUGCACGCGGAGAGCGAGGGCCACGUGGAGCCUAGCGAGUGCGUGGACACGCUGCGGCGCGAUGCCGACCUCUUCUGGCCGCUUCGGCCUCCGGGACGCUGGGACGACGGCGGAGUGGUGAUGAGCGGCACCGAGGAGGUCGGCACGGGACGCACGCCGAUGAGGUCGUCUGCUGGGCCUUUCCUGCUGUCGGGCAGCGUCUGCCAGCGACGGAGCGACGAAGGCGUUUUGUGCUCUUGUGGAGCUGUUCUGUACUCUUCCUGCCGUGCCGCCGCUGGUAUUGUGGGUAUUGUGCAGGCGGAUGAGGUGAGCCCUGGAGGUACUGCAGGCCGUGCGCCGCUGCCUCCCGCUACUGCUGCUGACGGUGGUGCCACUGCUGAUGUGCCAGGCGCGUCUUGCGACGGCUCCGACGUCGACGAUGUUACCCUGGACGGGGAGGCCGACGCGGACACCUCGUGCUCGGUCGGCGAGCCGCCAGGUGCCGACCAUGCCGGUACUGCUGCAGCAGCCGCCGCGUACCUCGCCGCCUUCCCGCAGGCCCUCUUCAGCGGGGGCGGUGGCGGCAGGGGCCGCUGCGAGGUCGCGGCAGGGGACUGGUGGCGAGCGAGGGCCUUCGUUGCCCGCGUCUGGCUCACCACAGGUGCUGCGACGGUGCAGGCGAGCGGUGCUGCUGGUUCUGCCGCCCAGCCGCCGCCGCUGCCUGACGAUCUCUUGCGGGCCGAUUGCCCGAUGUCGGGGCGUGCCGCAGGCGCUGUGGCGCAGCCGCUGCUGCGGAGAGUCCGCUUCGCAGAUGCCCCGUGCGUGCUCGAGAUUGGCUGUUGCUCGGGAGUGCGUGGUAUCCUUCGGCGGGAGAGCGUGCCAGGGUUUCUGGAUCCCGCGUGGACGCGCCACGCCAAAGCUGCUGACCUGAUGCACAUGAUCGAAGGCGACUCCUUUGGCCUCACGGUUCCUCCCAUGCGGAGGCCGCACCAACGUCGUGUGCGAUUCGCGGAUGGGUCUCGUCUGGUUGACGCCCUUCCGCCAGGGAUGUCCGUUGAGCGUGCCAGAGAGCUCGCUCGUCUUAUCAGAUUGUGCGGAGGGCAGUAAGCUGUUGUCUGAAGCUACGAGGUCUGUGAGUGAGUCCUUCCUCCUCUCCUCUGCUUGGCUUCCUCUCUCCCGCUUGCAUUCGCAUUUUUGUAUGUGCACGUGGGCGUCGUGUGGCACUUGUUGAUCGUUGAAGUCCUUUUGUUCUUCAGCUUGAUCUUCGGUGCAGCUUCGCUGUUCUGCAUGCCUCUCGGCACCGCCCGCCCUCGUGGCCCUGGGGCCUAGGCGCCCCCGUUGGCCCUGGCGGCCUGCCCUCGGGGAGGCCCGAAGCGGCCCCUCGUGGGGGUGUGCUGGAGGUUGGCCUGAAGCGGCCCCUCGGGGAGGGCGGCCCGAUGCGGCCCCCUCCUGCUGGCCCUGGAGGCUCCCGCGUGCCUCGGGCUCGGUCCUCAGUGGACCUCCCCCUUUUUUUUCCAGCCUUUAGAGGCCCCACCACACACACACACACA